CGGAGCAGGGAGGGGAAUAUCCGAGAGGAAAGGACCAACGAACGCGUUUCGGGGAAAGGGGGAAACCAAAUAAGCAGUCCCCCCCUGCCACCUCCAAGCCUCUGGUCUUGUCUGAGAAUAUGUGGAUGAACUUGUCCUCACCGUGUUGUCGGCAGCAGUUCGUACUACCGUCCGCAUGAACUCAACACCGUGUGAAGUUGUGGAUUUACUGUUUGCUGUUUGUGAGUCGGCGGUGGACCAGCAGAGGAUGGAGACUUUGGGAAGAAGAGCAUAAGUGCUGCAGACUAAAGGAUGCACCUAGAAUAUGACAGAUUUGUCUGCUAAACACCACUCUGAGGGAACUUCAAAGUUUUAAAGACAGUCACAAAAACAAAACAACACGGACCGCUGAGAGAAAGGAGUAGUGACAACACCUCUCACAUUGGCCACUGUAUAACACUUGAGGCCAGCCUAAAGGACACAAACACAAAUGUGGACCUCCCAAAACGCUGUCAUCAAAUAACCAGAAGAACAGAACACAUACAAGACACUUAACUCAAAGAGAUUUGUGGCCAUGUCUGAUCACAAAGACAUGACACACCGCCACCUGCGGCACAAACUGCAGAGUCUCGGUCGAAGACUGGAUGAACUGGAAGAAGCCACUACCAAGCUGCAGAAGUCCGAGGAUGAGCUGCUUGACCUCCAGGACAAGAUCAUCCAGGCAGAAGGCAGCAACUCAUCCCUGCUUGCUGAUGUGGAGGCCCUGAGAAAACGUCUCCUGAAGAUCCAGGGUAAGGAUGAAGAGGUACGCAAAGCUGAGGACCUCUGUCGCACGGUGAGAGAGAAACUGGAAGAGGAGGAAAGUCUCACAGUAGAGCUAAGGGCAGAGAUUGAACGUCUACAACGGAGGAUGGCAGAACUGGAGAAACUGGAAGAAGCCUUUGGGAAAAGCAAGUCUGACUGUAGCCAGCUCUGCCUCAGCCUAAAUGAGGAGAAGAACUUAACCAAGAAGCUCUCGAGUGAGUUGGACAUGCUCAAAGCUCGUUUGAAGGAGGUGGAGGGCUCUGAGACAAAGUUGGAAAAAGCAGAACAGGUUUUGGCCAUGGAGCUUGAGAAAUUCAAAGGAUUUACCCAGACCUUUGUGAGUGAGCGUAAGAGGCUACUAGAGAAACAGAGGGAGGACGAGAAGAUCAUCCUAAAUUUGACAGAAAAACUGGAGCACCAGAAGAAUCGACUUGGCAUGUCCGCAGAUCCUGGUCGUGCAGAUUUUAUGAGAUCAAGAAUUGAAGAUGAGCUAUCCACAGGACUCCUCAGCAGUAAACUGGCUGGACGCAAGAAGAGCCUUGACUACUUGAAGCUGACUGAUGACAACAUUGGCCUCAUGAACAAAUCUGAGAAUGAGAAAAACAGUGAAGGAUCUCAGGAAGAGGACAACAAAGUAAAGGAGUUGACGCAGGAAGUAGAGAGGCUGAAGAACCGGCUCAAGCAGAUGGAGAUAGUGGAGGAGGACCUGAAGAACUCUGAGUCCAAAAAUGGCGAACUUCACGAGAAGUUCCAGAUGGAGCGAAACCGGGCUCGACAACUGAGCGAGCAGGUGGAACAGCUCAGGACGCAGCUGUACGGAAGAGUUGGAAUUGGAGGAAAUGGAACCAGUAAUGUGGAUAAACAUGGCAAUGGAAGCUCUAUCAUUUGCUCCAAAGGCCCCGCUAAGCUCCUGGAGAACGGCAAAGCUGAGAAUGAAGAGAUUACUGUAAAGGGAGGUUUCAGACAGGAGAAGCCUAAAUACAGGAGUGCUGCAACUGUCUCAGAACCAAGCUCACCCAAACACAGGAGCAGGGAUCUCUCUCCUCAGCACAAGAGAGAAACCAAGCUGAGGAACAAAGAGCUUAGCCACUCGGAGGAGAGCUCACCUAAAUCUGUGAGGAGAGCUCUCAGCCCUGCUCACAAGAGCAGAAGGACACCCAAAACCUCAACUACUGCAAUUUCAUCUGAUAACGGAAUAAGGGAGACAGGACGAACUGAUGACAAGACACGAGCUGCCACAUACAGCUCUAUGAAUACACCUUCUAGUGAUGUUAAAAAAAUGUCUGUUCUUAGUCGCUACCCUCCAGCAGCUAAUGACCAGAAGCCACUGAGGACAGUUCACAAACAGAACGAACAGUCUGAACAGAGCAAAAAAAGAGCAGACAAGUUUUCAAAAUUGUAUGUAGGUAGUGACAGUGAAUCAAACAGCUCUGAUGUAGUGCCUGACAGCUCCAGUAACAUCAACAAUAUAUCUGCACUAGAGAAGGACAUAGCAUCUGCCUCAGAUCAGGAAUCAAUAGACCAGGUUCAGGAAUCUGUCUCUGUGUCUGUCGCCUCCACCCUGUCCAAAGCCAAUGGCUCCUACACAGCCUACAGAUCCCAUGUCACUCCACUGCUGCCCAAUGACCAGGGGUCAGAGGGUCAUUCCUCUGCUUCAGAAACUGAAUCUACUGGUUCAAGACCCUCUGAGCCAGAGCCUGCAACUGAAACGACUACUACAAAUAUAAGUAGUAGGACUGCAACCUCCAGAUAUUCUAGAUACUCCCAUGUCCAUGACUCGCAAUCAGAGGGAUCUUCCUCCAGGAGCUCCUUUGACGAGGAGCUCCACAGCAAAACAAAUUUAGCCGAGGGAGGCCACCAUGGGCCCACGCACACUCCAUCAGGGAUUGAGAUCCAACGUGUUUGCAGCCCGCGUGAGGCACUGAGAUCAAGAGCUGUCAUCAAGCCAGCAAUUGUUGAAAUUGACAGGAAGGAAGUGAUGAUUUCAGAACCCUUGUCCACAAAUGGCAAGCCCAAAAUCUCCACCAAACCGAUCGUGUCCACCGCUAGUAAAAUGACCAGUAGUAUAACCAUCUAUCCCAAUGACCCAAACUCCUCCAGAACCAGCAGCCGCAGCAGCAGUGUUUCCAGUGAACCCCUGCCUGUCAAAGAACGCCACACAUCCACCAGUAACAUCCUCAUAGGCCCCAGCAGCGAGCACCAUGGCAGUAUCUCCAUCCCCUAUGAAAUCUCCAUCCCCAAGAGUGAGAUCACCUUGCGGCCAUGCCAGGACCAAGAUUGUGGGGCGGAUGACCACAAUGAUUCCUCUUUAAGACCCAAACAACACAACACUUCUAGACUGGAGACCACCACCAGUCACCUGUGCUGCCAACGCAGCAACUUCAGCCUCCAGUCCCCAGACACAACCUCCGCAGACUUCAACGACACAGAGUCGGGCUUUGAAAGCAGCAGCAGCACCACCACAGUCACCAGCUGGAGAAGCCAAAGACAAACCCAGCACUCCCAGGAAGAAAGUAUACCUGACAUGAAGAAUGUGACGGUUAGAAGCACCUGGAAGAACCGUGGCCCUGGGUCAGUGGAUGAGAUGGGUAGAGGAAGAGGGGGUGCCAGGACGAUGACGGACGGUGUGUCAGAAGACGAGGCAGAAACUGCGACAACAUGGAGGGCCUAUCGGGCGACCACCAUUGACACAGAGGAAGUGGUAAACAGAGGAGCUGGUGGGAAUACUGUAGAAACAAAGGGAGCCAAGCCAUCACCUGCAGAGGUGUACAUGCGUAGAAUCAAUAGUGUGGUUACUAACACCAGAGAAGUGGAGGAACCAGUGCUCCGUCGAGGCAAGAGUUCUCAGUCUCCCACCAUGGAAGCAGGAAACCAGGGAAAGACUGUACCCCACGCACCUGUUACCUCUCAGUCCUGGGGCCGAUCAUACACGCAACAACCACAGGCCACUGAUAGCGUAGAGCCCAGUCCCAACACGAGCCACAGCCCAGCCUCCUGGAGACGACAGAUACCCAGCAGCGACUCACACCACCUGGGGAGCUCUUAUGACCGGGUGUCCAAGACAGCAGGGGCUUCAUCUAGAGGGGAGCUCUGGUCUGGUCGGAGUCAAGGUUCAGGAGCCAGGGCAGAGAGGGGUGGAGCCGGGAGUCGACCGUGGAGCCACCGUCAGUCUGAACAUCACUAGACCUCCCAGGUCUGAGCAGGACAUCAGCAACAUA